CAUGACAAAUCGAACAAGUUUAGUCUGAAUGACGAAGACGAAGACCUGACUCAUUACGGACAGUCAUUGUCCGAGAUUGAGAAGUUCGAAGAUCCUGUUAUCAGUGACGAUGAAGAGGAUGAAGACAAAGGAAAAAUAAGUGGUAAAAUGGUAUCUGAGGAGCAUUUUGGAGGAUUUCUGUUUGAGACUAAAGAUAAUCCAGGUGACCAGGCAAACAAAUCAUGGAAGGAAAAAAUGGAAGAAACAAUUGCAAAGUCGAAAAAAGAAAAACACGACAGACAGAUGGAGAAGGAGAAAACGUUGCAAAUGACAGAGAAGCUGGACUCGGAGUUCAAAGAUUUGAUGAUGUUGAUGGCAAAAUCUAAGAAACCAAAAGUUGAUUCAGGAGAGAAAACAAAAGUGGAUGAUUAUGAUAUUGCUGUCCGAGAACUGAAGUUUGAGUCCAAAGGAGAGGCAACAAACAGACUGAAAACAGAUGAAGAACUUGCGAAGGAAGAGAAAGAACGACUCGACAAAUUAGAGGCGGACCGAUUACGGAGGAUGAGAGGAGACGGCGAUGACGAGGAACCCAAGAGAGUUCAUUUCUCUGCUGAUGACCUCAGUGAUAAUUAUGCCUUGGACACAUCUAUCAAAGAUAGAUUUCAUAUCUGCUAUAAAGAUGGAAAGUUACUGAUGCCAGGAGAUGAGGAAGAAGAUCAAUUGGGGGAUGAGGAUGAUAAUGCUGAUGGCAGUAAUGUAGAGGAGGAGGAAGAGGAUGGUGACUCAGAGGAUGAAGGUGAUGCUGAUGAGGAGGAGGAGGAUGACAAGGAAGACGAGGAUUCUGAAGAUGAUGAGGAUAAAAGUGACGAUGAUAGCUACAAAGACAUAGAAUCUGAUGAAGAUGAGGAAAAGGACACAGACAAAAGUGAGGAUAAAUCGGUGAAGAAACCCGCUCCCAAGGUUGACUUGAAGAAAAAGAAAAAAAUAAUGGAUGCUGCCAGAAAAGAACUUCCCUACACAUUUAACAUCCCCGCUGCAUAUGAUGACCUUGUGACACUGUUACAAGACCGAAAAGAAGCUGAUCAACUGAUCAUUAUUGACCGAAUUAUAAAGUGUCAUCACCCGAGUCUGGCCGAAGGAAACAAAGAGAAGCUAGAGACAUUUCUAGGAACCCUGGUACAAUACUAUACAGACCUGGCCCUCCAGGACCCGCCACAACUCGACCUGAUAGAUCAGUUAACUGUACCCAUCUACAAACUCGUCCAAAUGUCUCCAGUUCCUACAGCCAACUUCGUCCUCGACCAAAUAAAGGAUCGUCAAGAAGAGUUUCGGCAAAUCUGUCAGAGAAAAGCUGGGCGGGGCCUAUACCCAGCACUGGACACUUUGCUGCUGCUGAAGCUUGUGCCGAUUCUAUUUCCCACAUCUGACUUUCGACACUCUGUCACAACACCUGCCAUCAUCUUCAUCACACAAAUGCUUGCACAGUGUCCCGUUAACCAUGAGCGAGAUAUAGCAGCUGGCCUGUUUCUGUGUAAUCUGUGUUUGGAGUUUGUGUCCCUGUCGAAGAGAUUUAUUCCGGAGGUAGUAAACUUUCUUCAUGGACUCCUGUUUCUCAUCAUACCCAAGGAAGAAAAUAAAUAUGAGAAAGUUAUACCUCCAUUCAAGCCUGUCGGGACCAGUAUUAACCUCCUUCAGUUGGAUACCAAACAUAGGUCUUUUGAGUUUGGUCCAAUGAAAAUGAGUGAAGUCCUGAACACUGAAAUGGAGCUGGACUCCCUGCGUAACGACAGCUUUCGGUUGCAGGCAACUUAUAGCUGUGUAACACUAAUUGGAGAGUUCUCUUCACUCUACAAAGAUCUGCCAACAUUCAGGGAGGUGUUCUCCCCGAUUCUCUAUAUGUUUGGAAAAAUCAAAUUCUGCCAGUACCCUGCUACUCUCAAGGAAAUGAUGGAAAUGGUUGUCGAGGAGAUGAAUCACCAUAGCAACAAGACAUGUAAACCACUAGUCAUGAACAAGAAGAAACCUCAGCCAAUGAGAACAUUUGAACCUUUGGUGGAGGAGGUAUUUGAAGAAAGGAAAAUAAAACACAAGUCAGCAUCAAAGGAUUUGAAUGAAAAACAGAAAUUGUUACACAAAUACAAAAAGGAAAUGAAGGGUGCCAUGAGGGAGAUCAGAAAAGACAACCAGUUCCUGGCAAGGAAACAGCUUAAGGACCAAAUCGACAGGGAUGAAGAGCGCAAGGGCAAAGUGCGAAGACUUCACCAAAUGCUAGCAACACAAGAGGGCGAAUUCAAUGCCAUGAAAAAGGCUAAACCAUCACCAUCAUCUUAACGAUUUCUUUACCUGACUUGAGGUUGGAAGUUACUUUGAGAACUAUUCUGCCAAGAUCAUGCCUGAAUAUCAACCUCAAUUCACCAAAUGCUAGCAACACAAGAGGGCGAAUUCAAAGCCAUGAAAAAGGCUAAACCUUCACCAUCAUCUUAAUGAUUUCUUAACCUGACUUGAGGUUGGAAGUCACUUUGAGAACUAUUCUGCCAAGAUUAUGCCUGAAUAUCAAUCUCAAUUAUAUCUUAAGACUGGCUUCUUGUGAAAGAGUUGACCACUGACUCAAUAAAUGUUGGUCUCCCAAAAGAAGCUGUUCUGACCCUAUGACAUGAGGUUCGGUCAUUAUUGAAGAUUUAAUAGAAUUCCAAAUGAUGGAUGAAUCUACUGUAUGGUAAGAUUUUCACUAGGAUUCAUCACAACUAUCAGGUUAUAACUUAAAGUGUUUUUUUUUGUUUUUUUUUUAUCUUGAGCAUGUGAUAUGGAGAUGUAAGGUGAAAUGAUGUUGAGAAUGAGGGAUGGAUGGAGAAUGGAAGGAAUGAAUGUUAAAUAAUGUGAAUGGAAGUGUGAAUUUUCUCCAUAUUCUUAAGUGUUAGUGAUGUGAAUAGUAAAGAUAUUGAAAUAUUG